GUGCUCUUGUACUCGGGUCCUGCUGGUGUGCACCACAAGUGUCUGGGCUGCUUCCAAAAGGGAAGGCUGAGCUCCUCAAGGGAAAGAAAAAAUGAAGAGUAUCUUAAAAGACAAAAGAUUUCAGAAGCCUGAGGCCAGUCUAAGUAACUCUAUUGGAGCUGUACGGUGGACUCUGCCUGAUGAGGAUGUUGCGUUGCACAGCUCCGCUCCCAGCAAGAGAACAUCCAUUCCUAGACAAAAGGACCUGAAGGAUCUCCGCAGCUUGCAGGAAUGUGUGAAGUUUAUCACUCAGUGGAAACAUCAGGUGGAACAGGUGUGCAAGCCUGACACCAAUGGAGACGAAGGUCAAAAUAUUUAUGUGAAUGCUGAGCCCCGGAGGCUGGAGCAAUGUCAAAAGCUCAUCCUUGAAUGGGCACAGGAUCUCAAGAAAGCUGAAAAUAUGUAUAGUGAAAGUCCAUGGCGACAAAGAGAUGCAAGCAGUGAGCAGAAAGAAAGCAAGACAGACUCUAUGAAACACGCAGACCAGAGGAUCAUGGAGUGGGCGAAAGAGCUGCAGACUGUCUCAGAGCGCUUCGGUGUAACGAGAGAUGAAUUAGUUCAGCUCUUGAGGCAGCUGGAAUUGAGGAAGAAGAAAAUUCUGCUGCCUUUUCUGGAGUUCUUAACUUGGUCCGUGCUAAAGGAGGACAACAAGGAUGUUGUUCCACAGAUGUGGCUCCUUAGCAAGCAAUGUGUCUGGAAAACAGGAAUGCCCAAAUACAUUCCAAACUCAGUGUGGAGCUGGAUCUACAGUGCAUCAGCCGACAUCACAUUGGACCCCAUGACUAACCAUCCUUGGCUGCAGAUGUCGGAGGACAGGAAGAAGGUUCAGGAAGCUUUAACUGAAACUGAAGUAUCAUUCAGCACUCAGCGCUUUGACAUCUGGCCUUGUGUUUUGGGCUGGGAGGGGCUCUCAUCCGGUCGGCACUAUUGGGAAGUUGCGAUUGCCAACAACGGCUACUGGCGUAUCGGGGUGACCACCGCUUCCUCCAAAAGGCAUGGUCGCUUUUCCAUGAACCCCUCUGAGGGCUUCUGGGCAAUAUGGAGAAGCACACGGCAGUUUUUUGCAUGCACCAAACCAGAGACCCAGCUACCCCUGACGCUUGUGCCCAAAAAACUGGGAGUCUAUCUGGAUUAUGAAGAAGGACAAGUGUCUUUCUACAAUGUAGAGACACAAUCGCAUAUCUUCACAUUUACUGCAAGUUUCGGUGAAAAAUUGUACCCGCUCUUUUCACCACUGGAUGGACGCACGGUUUUAACACUGUCCACGCCAACCGAAAACAUAGCAUUAUAGAAAUAAAAAAUGACCACUUUUAAUCCUAUUAAGUGACUUUUUAAAUAAGGGGCUCUUGAAGGGAAGUAAGUUGACCGUUUGUGAGACCAGUUUGUAGGUUAGGAUGACUGCAAAACAUGCACCUCUUGCUUUAGGAUGUAGUUGAAAAAAUGAUUGUUUUCACAAUUAUCCACAUUUUAGCUGUCACAGCAGAAUGGAAAAAUGAGAAACUGAUAUUAACUCUUUACAAAACUAAAGAAACAGAUCCUAAAGAAACUGUAGAUAAAUCAUUUGGGUGGUAAAUGUUAACUUUAUCACAGUCUUGCAGAUAUGAGAUGUAGAUUACAUUUACUAUUUACCCUUAGAUAUGUGUCAUGGUGUCCAUGUGAACAUGGUUUACAAUGUAAAAGCAUUUAUUACUGAAUUACACCCAACAAAUAUACCCGACUCAUAAAAAUUAUUGCUAUAUGGCAUCUCUCGUGUUGUAGUCAAGACCACCUAAACCGAGACCAAGUCAUGGCCAAGACAGGCUGAGACGAGACAAGACCAAGACUUUGAAGGGUCGAGA